CGAGGUCAAGUUGCCAACUGAAAGUCAGGCACCGCGAACGCAAAUAAUCGAGUUGUGUACCCUUGUUUAUCUUCUGGGAAUGGCUUCGUUUCUAGCCCUCUUCUGUGUGAUACUUGUAGCCGUUUUAGUCAAAGUAUUCCUGGUCGAUCGUGGAGUGAACUCAAAUAUUCUUCAAUCAACUGUCAAACUUAAUGGGACAUACGAUUAUAUUAUUGUCGGUGGCGGUACAGCCGGAUGUGUGCUUGCUGGUCGUCUGUCAGAAGAUCCAGAUGUAACAGUGCUGCUGCUGGAAGCUGGACCAGACGACACCGGGAAUACAUUGAUCAAUAUACCACUUUUGGCUGGCUUAAUAUGGAGGACUCCCCUGGAUUGGGAGUAUUACUCGGAAGCUUCAAGUGAGACCAUGAAACAAUUGCGCAAUGGAAGAUCUUACUGGCCGAGAGGCAAAGUUUUGGGAGGCACGGGCAACAUAAACGCCAUGCAGUAUGUCCGAGGUUCCAGACACGACUACGACAGGUGGGCCCAAUACCUGGGAACUGACCAGUGGGAUUACAGACACGUCCUGCCGUACUUUCAAAAGUCGGAACACAUUCAGAUCUCAAAUCUCAAGGAUUCAGAUUACCACGGACGUGAUGGACAGGUCACAGUAAACUACAUUGACAGUCAACCAAUCGUCGAGAAGCUGAUAGAGGCGGGGGAAACUAUUGGCUACCCAUACAAUGAAGAUUACAAUGGCAGAAUUCAAGAAGGCAUUUCCCGCUCACAAGUUAAUUCUAGGAAUGGUCAGCGAUGGUCAACGAGUCACGCUUUUGUCCAUGCAGCAAAUGACAGAGAUAAUCUUCACGUUGCUGUUGACUCUCACGUGGUUAAGACGUUCAUUCACCCCCUAGGUCUCGUCAACGUAAAAGACUCAAGAAAUGUGCCUUUUAAGACCCGUUCACCCCCGAGAAGGCUUUUACUCCAUAACCAGAUAUCACUAACUAGAUACCACUAACUAGGUAUCACUAAC